AUGGUUCUGCACGAGUACACUUACGUCUUUGCCAUUGGCACCUGCUUUGCUCUCCUUGAGGCUUUCAACAACGGUGCCAACGAUGUCGCCAACGCCUGGGCUACCAGUGUUUCCUCCCGAUCCAUCUCAUACCGCGCUGCCAUGGUCCUCUGCCUAGUCUUUGAGAUGCUCGGUGCCGUCGCCGUCGGUGCCCGCAGCGCCACCACCAUCAAGAACGGCAUUAUCCCUGUCUCGGCCUUCCAGAACGAUGCUGGUGUCCAGCUCCUCGCCUUUGCCUGUGCUUCCGCCGGUGCCUCCACUUGGGUCAUGUGGUGCACGCGCAAUUCUGCCCACGUCUCUUCCACCUACUCCCUCAUCUCUUCCCUUGCCGGUGUCGGUGUCGCGACUGUCGGCGCCGGCGGCGUCCAGUGGGGAUGGAACAAGGGCUCUGGUCUCGGUGCCAUCUUCGCCGGUCUCGGCAUGGCCCCCGCCAUCUCGGCCGUCUUUGCCGCCGUUAUCUUCAUGCUCAUCAAGGUCACCGUCCACAUGCGCAAGAACCCCGUCCCCUGGGCCGUCUGGACCUCUCCCUUCUUCUUCCUCAUCGCCGGUACCAUCUGCACCCUGUCCAUUGUCUACAAGGGCUCUCCCCGCCUGGGUCUCGCCAACAAGCCCGCCUGGUACAUCAUCGCCGUCACUCUCGGCGUCGGCUUUGGCCUCUUCUUCCUGUCCGCCCUCUUCUUCGUGCCCUACGUCCACGCCAAGGUCGUCAAGAAGGACUACACCCUGCGCAUCUGGCACGUCGUCUACGGCCCAAUGCUCUUCUGGCGCCCGGCCCCCCCUGAUGCCGAGGAGGCCAAGGUCCCCAACUACCACGUCAUCCAGCACGACACCCCCGAGACGGAGAGCGAGACCGACGUCCGCCCGCCCAGCGACAACCUCAAGGGCCGGGAUGACGCCGUCUUUGGCAGCAAGGAGGUCAACAACGCCGCCGGCAGCAAGAAGCUCAUCCUCGCCGAGUGCAACCAGGAAGGCUACCAGCGCCUGAUGCGCGAGGCCCUCGAGGCUCACCACGCCCGUCUCCGCCAGGGCCGCGGCCCUCUCGCCUGGGCCAUGCGCACCCUGCACAACAACCGCAUGGGCGCCGGGUCCAUCCACGAGACUGCCAACCUCAUCACCUUCUUCAAGCGCAUCCCGGCCCUGAUUGUCUGCGCCCUCCUCUACGGUGCCCACUACGACAUCCACACUGCUCAGGUCGGUAUCGAGGGCACUCCCGAGGGCCAGCGCAUGGCUCGCGUCUACGACCACGCCACCAAGUACCCCAACGAGGUUGAGUACCUGUACUCCUUCGUCCAAGUCAUCACCGCCUGCACUGCCUCUUUCGCUCACGGCGCCAACGAUGUCGGCAACGCCGUCGGUGUCUGGGCUGUCAUGUACGCUGCUUGGUCCACCGGCAAGGCUGCUGGCGCCAAGGCCCCCGUUCCUCUGUGGCAGAUUGCCGUCAUGGCUCUGACUAUCUGCUUCGGCUUCAUCACCUACGGUUACAACAUCAUGAAGGUCAUGGGUAACAAGAUCACCUACCACUCUCCCAGCCGUGGUUCGUCGAUGGAGAUGGGCGCUGCCAUCACGGUCCUCAUCUUCUCGCAGUACUCCCUUCCCGUGUCCACCUCGAUGUGCAUCACCGGUGCCACCGUCGGCGUCGGUCUGUGCAACGGCACCCUCAAGGCGGUCAACUGGAAGCGUGUCUUCCUCCUGGUCUUCUCGUGGAUCAUGACCGUUCCCAUUGCCGGUCUCAUCGGUGGCUGCCUGAUGGGCCUCAUGCUCAACGCCCCUCACUUUGGUAGCACCCGGGCUUAA